GAGGAAGAAAGUGCUACCGGUAGUGUUGAGGAAGAAGUGGCUGGUCAGGUCCACAGUAGUCCUGUGGACAAUGCUGUAAAAACCGGGCCUCUAGUGGACUUUUACAGCAUUGUCCACAGGAUGCGGGAGAUCCAUCCGGAUCUCCACACAGUGAAGAGGCCUGACCAGCCUCUUCGAAGAAGACUCAAGACAUGGUGCACUCAAAUCGAAGACAUUGUCGGCAAGCCGAAAAAACAUGUAUCCGACAACUUGUGUGUUCACAAAACCGUCUCGACGAUGUCGAAACGUUGUUUCGAAGAAGCACAAGCCAUUAUGGUCAAGUGGAACAACAAGACACUCCGAGACCAGUGUUCCACUGACCUAACUCAGUACGUUUUCCAAGGUCUUCAAGGAUUUGAAGAAGCCAUCAUGUUCGAACUGCUGUCAGGCUUCAAUCAUGAGUCCUCCUUCUACGAAUUCAAAAGGAGGUGUGAGGAGGUUAGGCACAAUAAGAGGGACCAGACUGAGAACAUACAGAAGCCUGCAGAGGGACAUGCUGCCAAUGUCCUUGAUGAUGCCAAGGAACUGGAAGCUGCCCUGGCAGCAAAAGAGGAAGAGAUCAAGAAUCUUAUAAGAGAACAUGAGAAAGAGAAAGGGGAUCAUCAGCAUGCCAUGGCAGAAAAGGAAAAACAGAUGCAGGAGCUGAUGAAGAAACAUGCUGAAGCGAUGGCUAGUCACAGGGAAAAUCAAACCAUGGAUUCUCAGAAGGAUGAAUCCAGGGUUCAUGAGCUGGAAAAGCAGGUAGCCUUGCUUCAGAGACAAAAGGAACAACUGAAGAAAAAUGCAAGUGAUCUUCAGGAGAGAAACACAGAACUGGAGAAGAAGCUGAGCCUCCUUCAAGCAGAGCGAAGCAAGGCUGAGACAAAUCUUAAAGAUUCUCAGAAGGAUGAAUCCAGGGUUCAUGAGCUGGAAAAGCAGGUAGCCUUGCUUCAGGGACAAAAGGAACAACUGAAGAAAAAUGCAAGUGAUCUUCAGGAGAGAAACACAGAACUGGAGAAGAAGCUGAGCCUCCCUCAAGCAGAGCGAAGCAAGGCUGAGACAAAUCUUAAAGUAAGUAACAGUUCUUUUAUACAAUUUAUUACAACACGCAAGACAUGAUUCACAAAAAUGAUGACAAGCUACGCAACUUUGUUACUCCUUUUGUGUCUUACUUUUGACGGAUUAAUUCGGUGGCCUGUACUCCAGGACUGAGGUUCACUGCUGCCACAUUAGUUCACUAAUCUGAAAGACCCUUUCUCAUUGGCUGUGCCCGAGUAGACCAAUCAGACUGUCGCUUAUGAUGAAUGUAGCGUGCCUAUUGGCUGCGCCGUAGUAAUCCAAUUAGCGUCCAUGCACUGGUCCCACACAUGGGCAACGUCCGCUCAUUCAUUUACCAUAUAUGGUGAAACGCUCUAAGGCAGGAGGCCCUUAAAAGCAGAUGUAGAUCCCCCCCCAAAAAAAUUUGGACUGUAAAUCAUUUUGAGAGAUCCAAGAGAAUGGCCAAAAAUGAUAAUUGGCUCUUUUCAGUAAAUACCCCCCCACACUAUCAUGCCAAAUGUUGGGUCUUUUGAACUUACUACCAGGGCACGGGAGGCAAAAAUACAGUUUAGGUCAGAAAAUUGCUUGAAAACGUAUAAAUAAAAUCAUUUUG